CAUGUAAUCUUUACGAUAUCAUAUUCGGAGUACCAAAUUAACCCUUUACAAGUUUUGAACUCCCACGAAUUGAGCACAGGGACGAAUUGAGCACAGGGAAGAAACUUAUCCAUGGAUAUUCUCAAGCAGGAGCUUGAGAAGAGGCGAAACAGCCUACGGCAAGACGUCGGAGGCAAAAAAGUUUUCAAGCGCUCCGAGAUCGAGCAGAAACGCCUUCAGCGGCUACACGAGGAAGAGAAACGCGAAGCUGAAGCAAAAGCCGUCCGCAAGAAGCAAUCUGAACAGCAACACAACUCCUGCGCCAACUCUUCAUCAAAUCCCAACUCCAAUUCGGACCACCUUAGUAAAUCCAACGCCGAAUUCAACACUUCCUCGAAAACCCUAACCCUAACCGACGAACAAAAGAUCGACUCACUCAAUCUUCCGAGACAAGAAGUUAUUCGCAGACUCCGAUUUCUGAAACAACCCGUCACUUUAUUCGGAGAAGACGAUGAGGCCAGACUCGAUAGAUUGAAAUAUGUGCUGAAAGCGGGGCUGUUUGAAGUGGACGACAGCGACAUGACAGAGGGGCAAACGAAUGAUUUCCUGCGUGACAUUGUGGAAUUGAAGAAAAGACAAAAGUCCGGAAUCAUAAGUGAAAGGAAGCGGAAAUCUACAGAUGAGGGAGAGGACAAAGAUGGGGGAGGUGGCGAUGAAGAUUUGAGCGGGGAGGGAGGGUCGUCAGGAGUGGAUUACGAUAAGGAUUUGAAGAGGAUGAAGACUAAAUUUGAGGAACUAUGCGAUGAGGACAAGAUUUUGGUUUUCUUUAAGAGAUUGCUUAACGAGUGGAGUCAAGAACUUGCUGAGAUGAGUGAGGCUGAAAAGAGGACUGCAAAAGGGAAAUCUAUGGUUGCUACAUUCAAGCAGUGUGCUAGGUACUUGAAUCCUCUAUUCAAGUUCUGCAGGAAGAAGGUACUGCCUGAUGAUAUCCAGCAAGCAUUACUUUUGAUGGUAAAGUGCUGCAUGGAGAGAGAUUAUCUAGCAGCCAUGGACCAUUACAUCAGGAUGGCCAUAGGUAAUGCACCUUGGCCUAUUGGUGUUACUAUGGUUGGUAUCCAUGAACGUUCGGCCCGUGAAAAGAUCUAUACAAACAGUGUUGCACAUAUCAUGAAUGACGAGACAACUCGAAAGUAUCUGCAGUCCGUUAAGAGAUUGAUGACAUUCUGCCAACGUCGCUACCCUACUGCCCCAUCAAAAGCAGUUGAGUUCAACAGUCUGGCCAAUGGCAGUGAUCUGCAGUCCUUACUUGCAGAAGAGAAGUCUUCAUCCUCAGAGGACAAGCUGCUACGUCUAUUACCUGCCUGAGGUAUCUUGGCCAUUACAUUGAAAUCUACAGUGUUAAUUAUGUUCCACCAACUCAGCAAUGUACGAAAGGUGAACCUACACAACAAAAUGCCACCCUGUGAAAGGUUCCCCCAUAAAUUCAUAAAAGUAGAAACUCAAGAUUAUCAGGUUUCUCAUUGUAGAAGUAUUGGGUUUGAACUAUUAGUAAUUUUAAUGAUGUGAUUUAAUGUGGAAAACGAUAUAAGAUGAUGGUAAAUUUAUGAUUAAUGAAAUUGUUAUAGACAGGUGUAUUUAGGUGGACCCGAGCCGGUUCGUGUUCCAGACUGGUCCGUUCCUCUCCUAUUUUGGAAGAACUGGAAAAAUUUUUUAAUGGUUCUGAUCCGGAAUGAAAACCAGGCAACCUGGCUGAUUCUUAAAUCGUGAUUCUAAAAUCGAACCGGGUUCACCCUGAGGGGAUUUGACAGUAUGCCGUUGUUGGUUUUUCCUGAGGGGAUUUGACAGUAUGCCGUUGUUGGUUUUUAGGAAUGUUUUGGUGACUUGUUUCUUUUUUCACAAGAAAAGAAGUGAUCUGAUCGCAAAUUGUUCAAGAUCUAACUUGUGCCUGUUUUUUUUUCCACAUGUUUUUUAUACAAGUUAUUCUGCUAUGAUUAUGAUUUUGUUUGCUUUAAAUGCUUCUGUUCUCUGUUUUGAAUGUG